UUUCCCGCCCCAAACAAGAGAAUGAAGGACUAUUCACAAAUCAAGAGUUUCAUUUAUGGGGAAAUAGAAAGUUAAGCAGGGACGUAUUUAAAACCACAACCGAUCAGGACUGCGAGCUCAGACGACGGCAGAAGGAUUCCACACCAAUACUGAACUGUAGUCUUAACAGGUCGACCAUGUCGGAAAGUCAUCUGAUGGGCUUUUUAGUCCUUCUAUCAAUCCUUCCUACUGCAUCAACUAUUGGAAUUCUCAAAUCAAUCAACGACCUGAAGAAAAUCCCCUUCGGCCAAUCGGUGCCCCAGCACAGCCUUGCGUUGCUCCACUGGUUUGCCAACACAAUAGAAAUAGACAACAACGACUUGAUAGAGCUGACUUUUGUACCAAACCAUGGAGACUAUGGCACUCAUCGCUAUAGAAACGUUGAUGGAGUCCUGGAUCCACUGCCACCCGGCCAGCAGUACUACACCCUCGGCAACAUCAACCCCAUGAUCAACAAUAACAGAAUCUCUUUGCCCUCUUAUGUCACCGGUCAGCGAAACCAUCUGUUGGGGAGGGAGGAACUCAACAGGGCCCGCAUCAUAUUCUCGCUCUUGGACCAGGACAUCAUCGACCAGGUGUUCAUCACACAGCACUACCAUGCCAGUCAGGGUCAGGGGACUGUGUAUGACCCAGUGCACACCUACCAGAUCAGCAUCAACCUCUUGAGGGAGCUCAGAGAAUUCUCCAUGGACCAAAAUCAACAGUCCGAGCUGUCAGAGAUCGGAACCAACUUCAGUAGCGCCAUCAACAACGUCGAACUUUUGUCCAUAAGAAACACGUGGGGCCAGCUGGCGUGUGUCGGACUGCUGUUGUUCAUCGUGAUCACUGAGAGGAAUUUGCCUUGCAGACCCAACAGAGGUCGAGAAACGAAGCGUCCUCCCAAACAAAACAUUGGAGAACCGAGGCGUCCUCCGAAACGUAACAAUGGAACAAGCGCAACGCCGUACAUAUCUUUGAAUAUUCCCGAAAACGACUACCACCAUAGGCAACUCGAUCAGGUCAGGCACAAUGAUCAAUGUUGCCCUACAGCCUGCAAGAUAUGUGUAGGAAUAAUAAUAACAAUAAUAAUAAUAAUAGCAAUAACCAUAAUAGCAAUAAUAAUAUACAAGUCCAGAACUUAAAGCAUAGGGCACCUUUCCAAAGUAGAUUACAAAGUGGAUGACAGAAUAGAAUGAAACCAGACUAGGAGAAUAGAAUAGCUGAAACACAAAGUACCGAAUAAAUAAGAUACAGAAUACAUACAAUCAUUGACACAAUAAAGAUAAACAUUUGGAGAUGUAGUGGGGUGCUAGACCCUGCCUAGCUCUAAAGGUGAAGAGUAUAGUAGAGGUGAGAGCUGGCCCCCAUGGGAAGGUCAAGGUUCCCUGGAGUGGAGUUCCACGCCAUACCCUACAGGGAGGAGUGAUGUCAGUGCUCUACAAGAACCACCGGGACACCAGUGGGAUCCUUCACUAGAGUACUGGGCCACACUGGGGAACCUUUGAAACAUCGGUUCCACUAAACAAACGCCAUCGGGUCAGGCUCCACAAAGGCAUACGUCGUUGCCUCUUUUCGGGUGUCAGACAAUAUGUAAACGAUAGCUAAAGAAUUUAAAACGAAUGUUUUCAGCAAACACUGUAAAUCGUUAUAUCAGGUCAAUAUAAACGUUGAUUCAGAUGUGUUUAAUCAGGGUAAAUGUUUUGCACUUGACAAUCCAAGUUCCUGUGUGUUUAUGGGUGUGUGUGUGUGUGUCUGUGUGUCUGUGUGUGUUUAAUGCUUAUUCGUUAUUAUUUUAUUCAAGGAUAGCCUCUUGAGAUGUACCAUCUAAUUUUCGAGGGGGUCCUUACAAUAAUGACAAAUAAUACAAAGAUAAUAUAUAUAUGUAUUUUAAUUUCUCUACAUUUGCUAGGAAGGACACUCGGUACGGCCUGGAUGAAUGUAUCUUAAUUUAUCUUCGUUGCUUUAGUAGGUUUAAUGUGCUCUGCAUUAAAUGAGACAUGUUAGUUACCGGUACUUCCUCAUUAUUAUUAUUAUUCAACACUCAGUCAGGGCGGGCACUACCAUUACAUGUUAGGGUGUCCCGAGGGGGAAUGUUACAUUGCCGUGGCGGGAUUAUUGGUGAAUACUUAAAAAUGCAGAAUUACAGUGAGGGCCUUGAUCUUGAAUAUAAUGGACGCAUAAUUCUCAUACAUUUAUGUUUAAUGAUCUUUAGUUAAGUAUUUAAAGAUUUCUUUAACUAUUUUUUCAGUCUGUAGGCUUACUUUCCCUUUAUUUGCAUCCCACUUGUUCUUUAAAAAAAGAACUCUUAUU